AUGGAAUUGAAGCAUCUGAUCAUUGGCUUGGCGAUUGCCUUCAUCAGUUACAUUGUUGUGGGACAGAAGUCAAAGACAGGAGUCCAAGAGCCUCCUGCCCUCCGUACGAGAAUUCCAAUCAUCGGGCAUAUCAUUGGCAUCGCCAUCCAUGGCCUCCGAUACUUUGGCAAAGCCUGCGACGGAUCCGAUGAACCCAUCGUGACGAUAGAUUUCCUGGUCUCGAAAGUCUACCUGGUCAACAAAUCAAGUGCGGUGGCUCAAGUGCAGAGGAAUGCCAAAGUCAUCACUUUCGACCCUUUUCUGGACUCGGCUGCAGAGCGUAUGGUCAAUGUCUCGCCAAAGGGGUUGAAACUGCUUACUGGCAAGGAAAACGGAGGCGGUGAUCUCAAUAGAAAGAUUGUAAAAGCAAUGCAUCCAGCUCUCCUAGGACCAGGCCUGGACAUUGCAAACCGCAACAUGGUCAACAAUCUCGUCAAAUCCGUCGACGAACUCGCCUUUAUGCACAACAAAACCUUUGACCUCUACGCCUGGGCCAAACACGCAAUCACAAUCGCCAGCACAGAUGCAGUCUGGGGCCCGCAAAACCCCAUCAAAGACCCAGCUAACGAAGCAGCGUUCUGGGACUUUGACUCACACUUGCGUCUGUUGGUCUUCAAGAUUUUCCCAUCACUGAUUGCGCGAAAGGCAUAUCUCGGUCGCGAGAAAAUCGUAGCUGCGUUUGUAAAGUACUACAAUGAGGGUGGCCAACAUCAAGCCUCGGAAUUGGCACAAGCACGCUGGAAAGUGCAGCACGACGGCGGCGCAGCUACCGAAGAUAUCGCGCGUAUGGAAACAGCAACAGUGCUGGGAGUCGUUUCCAACACCACGCCUUCCUCCUUCUGGAUGCUCUACGACAUCUACUCACGGCCCUCUCUACUCGCCACCCUCCGCGACGAAGUCCGCACCAACGCACUAAAGAAACUCCCCUCAGGGGAAAUGAUCAUCGAUCUCGCCGCCAUGCGCGACCACUGUCCUAUGCUUCUAGCCACGUUCCAAGAAGUCCUGCGCAUAAGAUCCAACAGCGCACCCACCCGCUUCGUCACCGACGACGUCGUGCUCGCCGACAAGUACCUACUCAAAAAGGGAAGAGUGCUACUUAUGCCAGGCAUGAACAUGAACAACGAGCCCUCGAUCUGGGGCGACGACGCUUCAACCUUCGACCCUACACGCUUCAAAAAGGAAACGCUCAAACAACGACCAACCAGUUUCAUGUCCUUUGGUGCAUCACCGAGUCUGUGUCCCGGCCGCCACUUUGCCAGUGGAGAAAUUCUAGGAAUGGCUGCUAUGAUGAUGUUGCGCUAUGAUAUCGUCCCCGAGGGAGGCGAGUGGGUGUUGCCGAAAUUCUGGAAGGGCGCUGUUGCGGCGAGUAUGCCUUUCCCGGCUAAACCUUUCAGUGUGACUGUGGAGGUCAGAGACGAGUUUGCGGAUACGAGAUGGGCUUAUGAGUCGACGGAUGGGAAGGGCAAGUUUCCGCUGAUUACUGGUUAG